AUGUUGGAGUCUUUGGCAGCUAACAUCCUUAACAGGUUUAUUGGCGCCUACAUUGAGAACUUUGACAAUAACAAGCUUAACAUUGGAAUAUGGAGUGGAGAUGUCAAGCUGAGAGAUCUAAGAUUGCGAAAAGAGUCCCUUGAUGAGCUUCGAUUGCCCAUUGACGUCCAAUUUGGCCAUCUUGGAGAGCUUACUCUUCAGAUUCCAUGGUCAAACUUGAAGAGCAAGCCUGUGAAGAUCGUUAUUGACAGCGUUUAUCUACUGGCCACGCCAAAUGAUCCUUCGAAGUUUGAUCCUGAAGAGCAAGAGAGAAGGGCGCAGAAGCUCAAACAAGACAAAUUGGACCAAUUGGAAAUGUUGGCCAACUCCAAGCCUAUGAAGUCUGAUGAAGAUGAAAGGGAAUUGGACCAGCAGGGUAUUGAGAAGAAUGAAUCUUUUGUUGAAAGUUUACUGACGAAGAUCACUGAUAACGUUCAGGUCACGAUCAAGAACAUCCAUGUUAGAUACGAAGAUUUUGAUGUGUUUACCAACAGACCUUAUUCGGUUGGUUUUACUCUUGGUGAAUUGUCCGCUGUGUCUACAGAUUCCAAUUGGGUACCCAACUUCAUAUCUUCUAUUACUUUGUACACGCACAAAUUGCUCACUUUGGACUCGUUUGCUCUUUAUUGGAAUACCGAAACAACUUCGAUUUCAGAUCCCGAUCCUGAAGUUUUGCUCGGAAGGUUUAAAGAGUCAUUGGACAACAGAUCAGACCAUCAAUACAUACUAGAACCAGUCUCUGGAUUAGGCCAUGUAACCUUGAAUAAAGUGGGAACAACAGAAACGGCUCCUCAUGUUGCUUUGAAGUUGUUUUUUGAAGAGUUCGGGGUUAAUCUAGAUGGUGAUCAAUACAGAGAUUUUUUGUGGACUGCAUCUCAAUACCACCUGUACCUGAAAACUAGGAAAUUCCGCAAGUUGCGACCCAAAUGUACUGUCAAGGAAGAUCCAUUGAAAUGGAUGCAAUAUACAGCCAAAUGCAUUUUACAAGAGGUUCACGAGAAGAACCGCAAAUGGUCCUGGAAAUAUUUUGAGUCCAGAAGGGAUCAAAGAAAGCUAUACAUUAAAUUAUGGAAGGAAAAGCUUGAAGGGAAGCAACUUAUAGAUGACAAACUUGAACAAUUCGAAAAACUCGAGUAUGAGCUGUCUUAUCCUGAUAUAAGGUUUUAUAGAUCUCUUGCAAGAAGAGAAUUCAGAAAGGAAAAGGCAACUUCGCCUUCAAACACUUUGUCAAACCAAACAGAGAAAAAUACUUCCGGAGGGUGGUUAUCAAUGAUAUGGGGUCCUUCCAAAAAGGACACCCAAGUCGACGAAUCUAAAGAUCAACUGGAAUUGACAGAAGAACAAAGAAAGGAGCUCUAUGAUGUGAUUGACUUUGACGAGAAACAAGCCAUUACCGAAGCUGUGGAAAUUCCGAAGGACCGCGUCAAAUUGGAGGUAUCUUCAGUUUUACAAAAAGGAUUUCUCGCAAUUAAGAGGACCCAAACCUCAAAGAAUCUAUGUGAAGUAGUAUUUGAAGGUUGCUAUUCCGAAUUCUUUCAACGCCCAGACUCCUUUUUAGCCAGAUUUCAGCUUGAUGAAUUGCGCGUAGAAGAUGGUACUGAAAAUACACUCUACAAGCAUAUUGUCAACGUUAAACCUUUGGGAGACCCUGAGGUGGUUGCACACACCCCUGAAGGCAAACGAGAACCCUUUUUCCAACUAGCGUUUGAAAAUAACCCCUUGGAUGGAUCCGCCGAUUCAUCAUUAACUGCUAGAAUGAAAAGUAUGACAAUUUUCCACAAUCCGAAACUGAUAGAGGAUGUUGCAAGAUUUUUUACACCUCCAAAAAUUCAUUUAGAGACGGUUGGUGCUAUAAUCAAUGCUGCAGAAUCAACUUUGGAAGAUUUCACAAUGCAAACUAGAAUUGGACUACAGUACGCAUUAGAAGAGCACAAAACAAUCAAUUUGAAAUUGAAUAUGCAGUCACCCUUGAUUAUUAUACCUUUGGAUCCUUCUAGUUGGAAAUCCCCAGUGGCAGUCCUAGACGCGGGACACAUUUCUGUUACAAGUGAUUUAGUGGAUCCGUCAAAAUAUCAAGAAGUCACGGAUAAGGUUUCCAAGCAGUAUGAUGACAAUGACUGGAAAACAUUAAAGGACCUAAUGUAUGAUAAGUUUACUUUGAAAAUUCAGGAUGCUCAAGUUUUAGUUGGACAAAACAUCAAGUCAACCAUUUCACAGCUGCAUGGAAACUCGAGUAAUGUGUCAGCGACAAUUUUGGAUAAUUUAAACAUGAACUUUUCGCUUGGAGUUUCAAUUGCUCAAUCUGUCAUUUCUUUACCGAGAUUUAAGAUUGGGGGAGAUGUUCCAAGAUUCAGAGUUGCUCUCAACAACUUUCAGUACAAAGUGAUCAUGCAACUGCUUGAAAAUGCGAUUCCUGACCUUGAUAAUAUCUCCGAAGACGCUGAGACCACUAAAGAAAAUGGGUUUAGCGUUGCAAACAACAAUGAAUCUACUGAAAAGUUUAGUUAUGAGGUUCCCGAUGAUGUUUCGUCUGCGGGUUCAGACGACAAGCCUACGGUGUCUACCCAAAAAUUGUUUGUAUUUAACUUUACUCUAGACACGAUUGAAGUUUCAUUGUUGAGAUGCGACGACGCUUCAACGUUUGUUUCCGAGACACUGAUUCGUAUAAUCGGAAAGAAAGUACAAUUGGAUCUGUUCAAAACAUCUAAGCAGCUUCACGUUGAUCUUUCGCUAUUAGACAUCAAUGUGGAAGACUUUAUCGAGCAAUCAGGAGAAAACGAGUUCAAGUAUCUACUAUCCUCCGAUAAUUUUGAGGAACAUGAGGUAGUCAACAAGAGGGGCAACCUGUUUACUUUAAGUUAUGAUAAAACUCAGAGAAUCGUACCUCUGAAUGGCGAGCAAAUUAUCUGCUUUGACCAAGAUAUUGAUUUGAACAUCGCUGACGUUAAAUUUGUUAUUACAAGAAGGUCCAUUCUAACACUACUGAACUACGCUCUGAAUACGUUCACCGAUGUCAAUCCACCAGAAACUCCAGCCGAUCAAUUAAGACACAAUGAUGACACUGAACAAAUGCUAGCACCUGAAACAAUAAACGUCCGAAUCAAGAUGGAUAGCAUAAUCGCUGUUCUAAACGAUGAUGGGAUCAAGCUUGCCACAACAAAGUUAAGUGAAGCUGAUAUUGGUAUUGUAGUCUUCCCCGAAAGGUUGAAGGUCAGCGCAAAAAUUGGAGGACUUUCUUUAUUCGACGAAGUUAAUGAAGGUGUUUCUAGAUCUUCAGUCUUAAGAAACUUGAUAAGUUUUGAGGGUAAUGACCUUGCCGAACUGGAGUAUGAAACCUUUGAUCCAGCUAUAAACUCCAAAGAAUACAGUGCUACAUUGAAACUCCGUACGGGCUCGAUGAAAAUUGUUUUCGUAGAAGGUCCUUUCAACAACAUAAUAAAGUUCCUUAGUCAAUUCCAGAGGAUGAAGUACAUCUACGAUAAUGCUAGGGAUGCCGCAUUGAACCAGGCAAGCAGUAUCGACAAUAGUACAAAAAUACUAUUUGAUGUUCUUAUUAAGGCUCCUACAGUUGUAUUGCCGAAGGCGAUAGAUCCUACGAAUGAUCGUUUUGAGACAAUUACUGCUUUCUUAGGAGAAUUAUACGCUUCCAAUAAGUUUAUCGAGGAGCGAUCAAAUGUUGUUCAACUUAUAGAUCUAGGAAUAAGAUCUACUAAAGUGACCUCAAAGUUCUACACUAAAGAUCAGAGAGAGCAAUUGUUUGAGAUCAUAGAUAAGCUUGAGCUUAAACUUCAUCUGAACUAUUGCGAUGAAUAUAUAAAAGAGAGACCAAUAUGUGUUGUGAACGGCGGAUUAGAAGGAAGCGAGAUGAAUUUGACCGAGUUGCAAUGUCGCUAUAUCAUGGAAUUGAUGGCUGUGAUACCUAAGGUGUUUCAGUUCGAUUCUGAUUAUGAAGAUGAGAAUUUUGAAGCACUGAGAAAUGAUGCUGAGAACAUGAAUAAGGAGAUUAGAGGCACUAAUGUGGAAAGAGUAGAGGAAGAACAACCUAAAUCUGCGGAGAAAGAAGUUAUACCAUCUGAUCAUACUAAGUUGGAUUUCACAUUUGAUGUCGCACAAAUUGCCCUCACUAUAUAUGAUCAUACUGAUAUGGUAACAUCUUUGGAUAAAUCGUCUCUUUCCCAGAUUUCUCUCAAUGACACUCAUCUGUUGUUCACUUUAAAAGAGAACAAUGAUUUUAGCUCUGAACUGCGAACAAGGUCGUUCAUCGUUGAAGACUCUCGUGAAAUUAAGGACAACAAGUUUACGAAGAUAUUGUCAACGGCCCAAGAUAGUGAUUAUCAGUUCAUGGCUUCAGCAUUCUCUAAAGCAGGUAGCAAGAGUGCUACAUUGGCUAUCGACAGUCCCAAAACGAUUCUUGCUCUUGAUUAUCUAGUUGCCUUGAAAUCUUUUGUUGAUACUGGGUUUAUUUCUAGCGCCAAUCCUGCGCUUCAGAAUGUUCAGUUAUCAACAAUGUCCAACGAAUCACCUGAAGAGGAGGAAUCUGAAUCUGUCUCUGUUGAAUCUCAAGAUCAACUUGCUGUGAAGCAAGAUGAAAAUGAGGAAGCCUUCAAGUUCACUAUUAAUGUUGUUGAUGUAUCGGUUAUACUGUUGGCAGAUCCAAGUCUGGACACAACAGAAGCCAUCGUGUUUAAUGUUGAGCAAAUGUUGUUCGAUAGUCAUCGUACCCAAUCUUUGUCUUUGAAAAAUAUUGGUAUGUUUUUGUGCAGGAUGGAUCAGUUUGAUACCAACAGAUUGAGAAUCUUGGAUAACUUUUCAACCAGUUUGACGGUUGAUGACCGUAAUUCUAGUGAAUUAAAUCGGUUAACAAGCAUCAAACUGCAUAUUGACCCCCUUCUUUUGAGACUUUCCGUUCGUGAUAUCCGACUAGCAAUUUCAAUAGUUAACAAAGCAAUUGAUCUGAUGGGACAGCAGGAUAAAGAACCAGACAAGUCCACAACCGCACCUGGAGUUCAGUAUAUUUCUUUCACAAAAGAAUUCAAGAGAAAACUAUCUCAAUACGCUCCGACUAUCAUCUCUACUAUUUCUCAAACGUCAGUCCGUUCCUACAAAGUCAAGAAUAAGGCACAAGUUGUUGUGAGAGAUGAAUCACUGGUUGCAAAUUUUGAAGGUCUUCGAUGUGUGUUGAUAGGAGAUGUUUAUGAACUUCCUGUACUCGAUAUGAAUGUCAAACCUUUCGACGUAGUUGCCAAGAACUGGUCGACAGACCUAGAGGCUUUUUCAAAUUUGGAGUCAUUUGUAAACAUAUUCAACUAUUCGAGUUCAGCAUGGGAACCUCUCAUCGAGCCUUGGCCAUUGGGCUUUCACGUUAAAAAGUCACGUAAAUUAGCCAAAGGAGAUUCCGACAAGUUUGUGGUGAAUAUUAGCUCCACGGAUAAAGCCGAGAUCACGAUGACUUCUAGAUCUCUUGCAUUGCUGAACCAGGUAGCGACUUUUUUGACUGAUGAUAUACCUCUGCAACCUCGAGGUGAGAACAGCCCUUACAGAAUACUCAACCAUACAGGCUAUAACAUUAAAGUUUGGAUUGAAGGGUCUGAAUCGAACAGACUCACCUCUAUUGCCAAUGGAGAUGAGGUUUCUUGGGUAUUUGAAGACUGGAGAACAUUGCGUGAAUCUCUUUCAGUUGAUAGCAUGAAAGGGUUCAUUGGAAUUGAGCUGGAAGAUUCCCCGUAUGAAAAGCUGCAGCAAGUUUCGUUACAAACUAUAGGAGAAGAAAUAUUCACAUUACAGCCAGCAAGAGGUAAUUUUCACAAUCGUUUAGUUGUAACGAUCACCCUUGGGGAAGAUAGCGUGAAGCAUGUUGUAAUUCGGUCCACAGUUAAAGUCACGAAUACUACUCAAGUAAAAAUCCGUAUCGGUCUUAACUCUGACCCGAAGUCAAGUGUUCCUCAGAAGAGCUUCACAAUCAAUCCUGAUGAAACUUAUGCUAUCCCGAUUGAUAAUGUCCUAAAUGAUUCUAUUUUUGUUAAACCAGAAGGGUUAGACUCAUCGUUUGGUUGGUCAAGCAAUAGCACGACGUGGAAGACAUUGAGGAAUGAGACUGUAUCUUUUGCUUGCACUGAAGAGGAAGGAAAAGAAAGAGCAAACUUUUAUUUCCAAGCUUAUGCUAUUGUAAACGAAAACUAUGCUUUAGCAAAAGUUUAUCCUCAAAUGGAAAUUGUUAUUUCGCCACCAUUGGAGCUUAUUAACUUACUACCCUAUGACUUAUCUUAUAGAAUUUACGACAAGAGCUCAAAGAAAGAUUGGAGAAAUUUUUUGAAACAAGGCAACUCUAGCGCUGUACAUGUUGUCAAGUUGGAUCACUUUUUGCUUUUGAGUUUGAAACCAUUAGAUUGCGGUAUAGACAAGUCUGAUUUCUGUAUCAUCAAUUCACCAAAAAACAGUGACUUCAAACCGGAAACCAGAGUAACGACCAGAGGUACAGACGGACAAAGGCUUCACUUAAACUUGCACUAUUCAAAGAUUCACAGUGAUUAUGCAGGGGUAAAGAUAACUAUAUUUUCGCCUUACGUGGUGUUGAAUCGAACCAGUGAAGAUCUGUUUUUGAGUGAGGGCUAUAAUACUAUGAAGUCUUUUGUUAGCGAUUCUCAAACUGAUAAGCAUAGAUUGGUAAAGAAGGCUUUACCAAAAAUGUUCUCUUUUGAUAGAGACAACUGGAAUGGCAAUAGAGCUACAAUACGACUUUCAGAUUCUGAAGUCAGUAGAAAGGUUGGCCUUGACACAGUGGGCCAAUCUGUUAACGUUGAUGUUCCAUGUAAUACGCGAGGAUAUGAAAAGAAUCUCAGUGUGACCAUUGGAGAAGGUUCAGGAAAGUAUUGGCUUAGCAAAGUAGUUACAGUUGCACCGAGAUAUAUUUUCACAAACAAAAUUGAGAGUACAGUCAUCCUUCAGGAAUAUGGUACUGGAAAACAGUUGAAAGUGAGACCAGGAUCUUCGAUUCCUCUCUAUAAUCUAAGAACAGGACGUAAGAAACAGCUCACGCUAGGACUUGACGACGGAAGUACUCAAUUGUCCUCACCUUUUAAUAUCAACGACAUUGGUGAAAUUUAUCUUAAAAUUCUGAAACACAACAAUGAUUACAUUCUCACCAAGAUCAAUAUUUUACUGGAAAACGGAUCUCUGUUCAUAACAAUCAUAGAUGCUAAUGGUAAAUGGCCAUUUUCGAUGAGGAACUUCAGUGAUUCAGAGUUCAUAUUCUACCAGAGUAACCCUAUGAUCAAUGAAGAGGGGAUUCUGGAAGACCCAAGCUACCGAUUCAAACCAAUAUACUACAGGCUGCCACCAAAGAGUGUUAUGCCUUACACUUGGGACUAUCCAGCAGGUUCAAUGAAGGAAUUGAUUAUCCGCUCACACAAUGCUGAGAGACAUGUGCAAUUACAAGAGAUAGGAAGCUUGAAACCCAUGGUAUUACCUGCUACUAGCACCGAAGAAAAGUCCAUUGUUGACUUGAAUGUAGUUGCCGAUGGUCCAACACAAUCGUUAGUGAUUUCCAAUUAUGAUUCAUCGAAGAGUAUGUACAAGCUGCAUUCCAAAUCAGAAUCUAGCACUACGGUCGCUGAUAAGUUUGAAACAAUUGACUCAGAAAACGACUACUUUUUUCAACUUAUUGUCAACUUGGAAGGUGCAGGCUUUUCUUUUAUCAAUAACAGGCAGCAAGAGUUAUGCUACUUGACCUUAAGAUCGUUGGAAGUACGCUAUAACGAAUCUGAUAUCUAUCAAAAUUUGAGUUUCAAGUUGAAAUGGUUUCAACUCGAUAACCAACUUUAUGGAGGGAUAUAUCCAAUUGUGUUAUAUCCUAGUGUGUUGCCUAACUCCAACAAAGACAUCAAUAAUCAUCCCGCUUGGUCAGCCUCCAUAUCAAAAGUCAAGGAUGAGUCGCACGGUGUUACGUUAAUCAAAUAUGCUACCAUAUUAUUGCAAGAGUUUACGCUUGAGAUCGACGAAGAUUUCUUGUUUGCGGUUUUGGAUGCCCUUAAGGUGCCUGGUAAAGCUAAAGUUGAAGAUAAACUAUGUGAUAAUGAUUUGGAUUUGCCAACAUUGGAUAAGAAUGUUUCUGAUAGCGAUAUUUAUUUUGAAGCUCUUCAUUUCCAGCCAAUGCAAAUGAACUUGUCUUUCGUUCGUACGGAGCAUAUCAAUGCUGACGAGGUUAGCAACUCAGACAAUGCCUUGUCGUUUUUCCUGAAUAUUUUAACCAUGGCCAUAGGAAACAUCAACUAUGCUCCAGUGAGGCUUAAUGCCCUUCUGAUUGAAAAUGUUCGUGUGCCAGUUCCAUUGUUGUUGCAGCUUAUCCAGACCCAUUAUGGCCAAGCAUUCUUGUACCAGGUGUACAAGAUUCUAGGAUCCGCUGAUUUCCUGGGUAAUCCAGUUGGUUUGUUCAAUAACCUAAGUUCUGGAUUCUUGGAUAUAUUUUACGAACCUUACAUGGGCUUUGUUAUGAAUGACCGACCACAGGAGCUUGGAAUAGGAUUAGCAAAAGGAAGUUUGAGUUUUGUCAAAAAAUCUGUAUUUGGACUAAGCGAUAGCUUUGCGAAAUUUACUGGUUCUAUGGCUAAAGGGCUUACAGCUGCCACUCUUGACACAUCUUUUCAAGAGCGACGUCGUCUUAAUCAAAGGAGGAACAAAAGCAAACAUGGGUUCCUUGGUUUUUCAGCAGGUGCAUCUUCUUUGUUUGAGAGUGUAUCUAGUGGUAUUACUGGCCUUACAGAUGCACCAUCUCAAGGCGCUGCGACAGACGGUGCUUCUGGAUUCCUCAAAGGAAUUGGAAAGGGUCUUAUAGGGUUACCAACGAAGACUGCCAUUGGAUUUUUUGACCUUGCUUCCAACGUUGGUGAGGGUAUUAGAAGCACAACAACGGCUUUCGAUGGUGAAGGCAUAGAGAAGGUGAGGUUACCUAGGUUUGUCGCUCAGAACUCUCCUAUCAGUCCUUACUCCGAACGCGAUGCCCAGGGUCAAUUUUGGCUUAAAUCAGCUAAUGGAGGUCAAUUUUUCAACGAUAAAUAUCUAACCCAUGCAGUUCUACCCGGAGGAGAAUAUGUUGUCGUAAUUUCCUAUACACACAUUAUCCUGGUUUCGAUAGCAGAUCUUUCUGUUUCUCGAAGCAUUGAAAUGAAGCAGAUUAAGUCCAUCUUAGUCGACAGCACAGGGUUGCAAAUCAAAUUAACAGAAAGGGAUUCCAAAUCCGAAGCUACCGAAAUGUUCAUACCUCUUCCUGAACAGAAAACUAGAAGGGAAGUUUAUCAGAAAUUAUCAAUUGCUGUACAAGACUUUAACAAGAGAUGUCAAGUUAUUUUAUGA